CAUAACUGAUAGGAAACCGGUCAUGCAGAUCGCAUAACUUAUAGGAAACCGGUGCAGCUGGACCGAGCAACUGAGCUUGAGUACGUGUGAAGUUUUCUCGGUAUGUGUUGAGCUCAAUCUAACAAAACCAUUGCUGGGGAAGUAUAAGAUUGAAGGGAAAAAGUAUUAAUUGGUUAUGAAGGUUAAUAUAAUAUAUGUGGCCAAUGCGGGAUGUAUGGUAAGCCUACAAACCUCUGUCAGUGUAUGAAUACUAACCCGAUGGGGGUGGAUGAGAAUGUUGAGGAAGUUCCUGAAACACAAGUGGAAGAUCCCUUGCAAGGGCAGACGUACGGGGAUUGGAUGAUGGUCUAGAAACUGUCAUUUUGAUCGGGAAGAAUGAAUGGUGGUGAGAGGAAGGGAAGUGGCAAUAUGCAAUGGGGGAAUAGGUUCCAUACAUUAAGUGAGACAAAGGAGGAGGCGGUAAAUGAUAAGGUGGAACACGAAGAGACGAUGAAGGAAGUUGGUACGAAGGAAUCAAAUGUGGAGAAGGAUAAGUUGACAGUCGGAAAGAAGAAGGACAAGCAAGUCCAAAACCCUACGACGGGUGUAAUGACAUCAAAACCAGUGGCGGUUAAGGAGGGCAAAUGUGAUGGGGAUCACCAGACGAGACAAAAACAAGGUUUGGGAACAUGAGAAAAACAAGGAAAUGAAAUAGGCAGGAGAAGAAAUCCAAAGAUGUUCCCAAUAAUGGAGAGAAGGCCACAGAAAGACUUGUAAAGGAAUCCGAGAAACAAGUGAUGAACACAACAGAAGUGGGAGGGAAAACUAAAAAAGAAGGGAAGAAUAUUACGACUAAUGGUGUGGGGAACUGACACGCUAAAUCACAACACCAAACUGCGACCAAGUGUAAUCGCAGAAUGGAAAUGCAUAAUAGUGGUAAGUUCAAUUCAUCAACCCGGGGUCUAGAACUACUGCCUACUCCGUGACUACCUGUUAUCUAGCGGGACUAAGUGUAGUGAGAGUGAUUGCUAACAAAAGCAGUAAAAAAGCAGGAAAUUGUUCGAAGUUCUUAAGCAAGGGAAGAGUCGCUCGGGAAGGAGUCCCCCUAGCUCCUUAGUUAGGUCAAAGUUGUAAUUUCCUUUGGUUGAUUUACUAUAGAUUAAACUGCGGAAGAUCUGACAGUAGCUUGGAAUCUCUUAAGCUGACCAAGCCCUAUCAGACAGACUACCCAGUAGACGUCUAGUCUUCACUGGGAUAGAACGCUGAGGCAAUUAACACAGAACUCCACUACUGGAAUUGGAUUCCAGUACAAAGCAUUGAAUCGACUAACUCUCGUAUAAUAAAUUCACUACUACCGAUUGAAGAAGCUCUAACAACCUAAUCAGAUUCUAUCUAUCUUAGGUUGCAGCAGAAAUCAAGAAUAUUUUAUCAGCCUUCAAUUGACUCAAUGAAUCAUGCAUCAAUAGAUUAUAAUCACACAUUAUAGCAUCCAAAAGUCAUUACAAUCAAUAUCCCUAACACAUGGAACUAGGGUUCUUCAUACCCAAGUGAGAGAGAGUUCUACUCCAUAGAGAGAGAGAGAGGAAAACAUAAUACAAAGCACUCAUACUCAUCAUGAUUGGAAGAAUCUGCUUUAGGAUGAUAAUCUUCACUCCAAUGAUGAAAUCUAAGCUUGAUUGAUGAAACCCAGCUCCAAAAUAACCUCUAGGGUUUGUACUUAGCACUUUCUCUCUCUAUGACUCUGUUUUUGCUCUGGAAAUUCGUCUCCCCCUCUUUGUCUUGGAACAGCCUGUUUAACCCAACACUGGGUAAAACACGGUCGAGGACACGGCCGUGUUUCACUUUGCCCGCCCGUGUUUUUGCCUCGUGUGUGGAAUACAUGCUCGCGCCGAGUAAAACACAGGCGUGCUCACGGAGUGACGCGGCCAUGUUUUAGAGCAGCUGCACCCGUAUUUUAGACUCCUCUGCAGUAUUCUCAGACAUGCUCUCGGCAUAAAAAGCACGGGCUGGGGACACGGUGGUGUUUUGGGUCAAUGGUACUCGUGUUUGCUCCUUGCAGUGAUUAAGCUCGUGCACUAAAAAAGCACUGGCGUGCCCCUUAGUGAACACAGCCAUGUUCUGGAGUAGUUUGCCCAUGUUCUUGCCCCAACUUCACCGAAUGACCUCCAAACGCCCCGAAACUCGUGCCUAUACCUUCCUUCGAUGCUUGGGACCUGAAAUGUGACAAAAUAGCACAACCCAACGUAAAAUAGCCCAAAGAUAUAUACGACUACAAGCCGCAAACAUAUAAGAAAUAAGGGUGUAAAUA